AUGGCGCAGCUGGUGGACAAGGCGAAGGGGUUCGUCGCCGACAAGCUGGCCAACAUCCAGAAGCCGGAGGCGGAGCUGGCCGACGUGUCGGUGGGUCACGUGGGCCGCGACGGCGCCACGCUGGCGGGGCGCGUGGACGUGCGCAACCCGUACUCGCACGCCAUCCCGGUGUGCGAGCUGAGCUACUCGCUGUGGAGCGCGGGGCGGGAGGUGGCGUCGGGGACGGUGCCCGACCCGGGGUCGCUCGCCGGCGGCGGCGCCACCACGCGCCUCGACGUGCCCGUCCGGGUGCCCUACGACUUCCUGGCCAGCCUCGUCAGGGACGCCGGCAGCGACUGGGACAUCGACUACGAGAUGCGCGUCGGGCUCACCGUCGACCUCCCCGUCGUCGGCAACCUCACGCUGCCGCUCACCAAGUCCGGCGAGCUCAAGCUCCCCACCCUCUCCAGCAUCAUCUUCUGA